AUGUCGGACGCUGUGUUGAAUGGUGAACUGCGCAGAACCACCGAUGUGGGAAAUUCGGAUGAGCCGAAGCGGAAGCGGAGCAUUGAUCAAACCUACAUCAACAAGGUUGCAGUCGUUCUUGGGGCGCAGUGGGGUGAUGAAGGGAAAGGGAAGUUAGUGGAUUUACUCUCGUCGACUUCUGACAUCGUGUGCCGUUGCCAAGGAGGCAAUAACGCUGGCCAUACGAUCGUCGUUGACGAUACAGUUUACGAUUUUCACCUGUUGCCGUCUGGAAUUAUUCACCGUCAGUGUUUGUCCGUGAUCGGAAACGGUGUUGUUGUUCACCUUCCCGGUCUCUUCGAUGAAAUCACCCACAACGAAGGACAAGGGGGAGAUUUGAAAGGCUGGGAGAAUCGAUUGAUCAUUUCGGAACGUGCGCAUCUUGUUUUCGAUUUCCAUCAGGCUGUUGAUGGACUCUUGGAUUCAGGAAAAGGUGGCAUUGGGACGACUCGUAAAGGCAUCGGACCUACGUACUCCUCUAAAGCAUCUCGAAGUGGCAUUCGAGUUGCCGACCUGCUCGGAGACUUCAGUUGGUUUUCGGAACGGUUUAGAGCCCUUGCUACUCUACAUCAGCGUCUUUUCCCUGGUUUGGAGAUCAACGUUGAAGAAGAGAUCGAGCGUUAUCGUGAUUUUGCAGAGAGACUCCGUCCACUUGUUCGAGACACGGUUACAUUGUUGCACGAUGCACUCAAGGAGGGAAAAUCUGUUCUCAUUGAAGGCGCAAAUGCUGUUAUGUUGGAUAUUGAUUUCGGGACGUAUCCUUUUGUCACAUCUUCGAAUUGCAGUAUUGGUGGAGUGUUGACUGGCCUUGGAAUUCCUCCUCGUUCAAUCGGUUCGGUUUAUGGAGUGGUGAAAGCUUACACAACACGGGUCGGUGAUGGUCCCAUGCCCACAGAAUUGUUCUGCGACGUCGGGAAAUACUUACAACAAAAGGGCGGUGAAGUUGGUGUCACAACUGGUCGGGCUCGCCGCUGCGGCUGGCUUGACGUAGUCGUUCUUCGUUAUUCGAAUCUCGUCAAUGGUUACUCAGCAAUCGCUCUCACGAAGCUUGAUAUCCUUGAUGAGCUUUCCGAAAUAAAAAUCGGAGUUGCGUAUUGGAAAGAUGGAAAGAAGUUGGAGACUUUUCCUGCGGAUUCAGCCCGUUUUCUGCGUGAAGUUGAGGUUGAGUACAUAACGAUGCCCGGUUGGAAGCAGUCCAUCAAUGCGUGUCGCACCUUCGAAAAUCUUCCGGAAAACGCCCAGAAAUUUGUCCUGACGGUGGAAGAAUUACUCGGCGUUCCGAUCAAGUGGCUUGGGGUUGGGAAGGACCGUAAAGCCAUGAUUCAGUUGUUCUGA